CUCACCCCAGCAGCCUCGGUCCGCCAGUCCGUGAGUAGAAACCACCCAGCGGUCCGGGGACUACCAGUCCACAAGUACUUAAGAACCUAGCCUUGUGGUGUGGAUGUGUCUAUGAAAUAUGCACAAGCCACCCCCGACUGAAAGGUACCGCGGGAAUAUAUAUUCACUACGCGAAACCAACAUGACCCCCUCAUCAGUCCGUAUUGUGGAAGUCGGUCCUCGCGACGGCCUCCAAAACAUCACCACGCCAAUCCCAACCCCUAUCAAGCUCGAAUUGAUCCUUCGGCUCCACCAAACCGGUCUCAAAACGAUUGAGCUGACUUCCAUCGUCUCCCCGCGCCGCAUUCCGCAGCUCGCGGACUGCAGGAAUCUUCUUGAACACCCGUCCAUCCAGUCGUUAGGCGGCGACAGCCCUGACCUCCGGCUCCCGGUGCUGGUCCCUAAUCUUAAGGGUCUGAAAGUCUGCCAGGCCCUAAAUGUAAAAGAGAUCGCGGUUUUUGUCAGCGCGACGGAGGGGUUCAGCCGGGCAAAUAUCAAUUGUUCGGUGGAGGUGGGGCUUGCGAGGGCGCGGGAGGUGGUCGGGCGGGCGGUGCAGGAUGGGUUGGCAGUGCGAGGAUACGUGUCCUGCAUCUUUUGCGAUCCCUACGACGGACCCACUCCGCCCGAUGCGGUGCUCCGCUGCGUGCAAGCCCUCCUCCAAGCGGGAUGUUACGAGGUCAGCCUAGGCGAUACCCUAGGCGUGGGGUCCCCUGCCAAAGUCCGCCAUCUCCUCCACCAUCUCACCAACAGCGGCGGUAUUCCCGUCGGUGCCUUGGCCGGCCACUUCCAUGAUACCUACGGCCAGGCGGUGGCCAACAUAUGGGAGGCGUACACCUGCGGGGUGCGCGUCUUCGAUAGCAGCGUCGCCGGGCUGGGCGGGUGUCCGUUCGCGCCCGGAGCCAAGGGCAACGCCGCCACUGAGGAUGUGGUGUAUAUGUUCCAGGAGACUGGGGUCGAGACAGGGGUUGAUCUGGCCCGGUUGGUCGAGACGGGGAUCUGGAUCGCAAACCAGCUACCCGGCGGUGAAAAUGGGAGUCGGGCUGGAGUUGCGCUGGCGCGUAAGACGGCUGCGAAGGCGCCGGCGUGCACUCCGCCGUCCUUGACGGCACAGGCGCAGGGACAGGUGCCCCUGCCGGCUUUCCGGUGGACUUUGGCGAUUGACGCCGAGGGGAUGCGGCUGUUCCGCUGCGGGGUGAAUCUCAAGAUUGUGCUGAACCGUCCGCGGAAUGGGAAUGCGUUGACUGCUGCGAUGAUUGCAGAGUUGCACUCUGUUAUGCACACGGCGAGUUCGGAUCCCGCGGUGUCGAGGGUGGUUAUCACCGGUACGGGGAGGUUCUUCUGUACGGGGAUGGAUUUGGGGAAGAAUACCCCGGUCGCACAAGGAAAGGAGAGCAGCGAGGCGCAGUUCGCCAAGUUGGCGGAGCUGUUCGAGGUAAUUGAUCGGUGUCCGAAGGUAACUAUCGCUUGUCUGAAUGGGCCAGCGUUUGGCGGGGGGGUUGGACUGGCGUUCGCGUGUGAUCUUCGUCUCUGCACCAAGCUCGCUACGGUUACGCUGAGCGAGGGCAAACUGGGUCUUUGUCCUGCGACGAUCUCCAAGUAUAUCAUCCGAGAGUGGGGGACGGCCUUCGCGCGUGGGGCCAUGCUCUCGGCUCGCCCGGUCAAUCCCGACCAGCUGCAUUCGCUGGGCCUUGUCGCCGAGGUCGCAGAGGAUCCCGGAGAUCUGGACAAGAAGCUGGACGCCUUGCUAGUGCGCCUGCGGCAGGUCUCGCCCGAUGCGUCGCACAUGUCGAAGGAGUUGGUCAGGCUCGCCUGGAAGCAUGCGGGCAAGGACGAACAGGCGUCCGGGAUCAAAGCACUCUUUCAUGAGAUGAUGCGACCCGAUGGCGAUGGCGCCCAUGGAGUACGUGAAUUCCAGUCUGGUCGGCCGGUAGAUUGGGAUGCGCACGCCCAAAAGACGAAG